GCAGGGACAGGGACAGGAGGAGCAGGAGCAGGAUCCGUAGGCCUGCAAUUCGUCUCUGCGCUUACAAGAGUCCGCAGCACCUGGCGACCCCACCCCAGUCUUCCCGCAGGAACACAUUCGCCAGUUUUUCUCUCUAACGCUUCCCGCAUUUCCGAUCAUUCCUCAAUUUCACUUUCGUUCGUUCGAAUCAAUGGGAUGAGGUUUUUCUUCGAAGCCGAUCAUUCAGUUUUUGAUGAAAUCUUAAACUGUGAAAUUCGUGCAAUCUAAGCUUUGACAUUUCACCAUGUUCGAAGCACAUGUUUUGCAUUUGCUUCGAAAAUAUCUAGGUGAGUAUGUCCAUGGGCUGUCCGCUGAAGCCUUGAGAAUCAGUGUGUGGAAAGGGGAUGUGGUUCUCAAAGACUUGAAGUUGAAAGCCGAGGCAUUGAAUGCAUUGAAGCUUCCUGUUAUUGUUAAAGCUGGUUUCCUUGGUAGUAUAACCUUAAAGGUACCAUGGAAAAGUCUUGGAAAGGAACCAGUUAUUGUUCUAAUUGACCAAGUCUUUAUUCUUGCCAAUCCUGCACUUGGUGGAACUUUUUUAAAGGAAGAAGACCAGGAAAAACUUUUCGAGGCCAAACUACAACAAAUUGAUGAAGCCGAAUCAGCAACCCUUGAAGCAAUAUCAAGAUCAAAGCCUGGAAAUGUAUUACCCCCUGCUGGAAAUUCUUGGCUAGGCUCAGUAAUUGCUACAAUAAUUGGAAACCUUAAGAUUUCCAUCACCAAUGUUCACAUUCGCUAUGAAGAUUCUGUGAGCAAUCCUGGACACCCAUUUUCUUGUGGAUUUACGCUUGCCAAACUUGCUGCUGUCACCAUGGAUGAACAGGGCAAUGAAACCUUUGACACAAGUGGUGCUUUGGAUAAAUUGCGCAAGUCGCUACAACUUGAAAGACUUGCUAUGUAUCAUGAUUGUGAUCGUGAUCCCUGGAAAUUGGACAAGAGAUGGGAGGAUCUUAGCCCUCGGGAAUGGAUUGAGAUUUUUGAAGAUGGCAUUAAUGAAUCUUCCAAAGAUACCACUUCAAUGUCUCCAUGGUCUCAAGGUCGAAACUACAUAGUGUCUCCCAUCAAUGGAGUCCUUAAAUAUCAUCGUCUUGGAAAUGUGGAACGUAAUGAUACUAGUGUUCCUUUUGAGAAGGCUUCUCUUGUUAUCACCAAUGUGUCUUUGACAAUUACUGAGGCUCAGUAUCAUGACUGGAUUAAACUUAUGGAGGUCAUAUCCAUUUAUAGAAUUCAUGUUGAGGUUUGCCAUUUAAGACCAAGGGUGCCAGUUUCAGAGGGUGCUGCCUUAUGGUGGCGUUAUGCUGCCCAGGCUGGGCUGCAACAGAAGAUGUGUUAUCGCUUUUCUUGGGAGCAAAUCCAGCGUCUAUGUCAUCUUCGUAGACGAUACGUGCAACUAUAUGCUGAUUCAUUACAACAAUUAAAUGUAGAUAAUUCUGAACUAAGAUCCAUUGAAAAAGAUCUUGAUCCUAAAGUUAUUUUGUUAUGGAGGUUUCUUGCCCAUGCCAAGGUUGAAUCAGUAAAAUCUAAGGAGGCAUCUGAACAGAGUAUGCAUAGAAGAAGCAGCUGGUUUUCCUUAAAAUGGCGGAACGCUACAGAAGAUGACUCUUCAGUCAACACUAAGCAUGUUUCUCAGUCAGUAGAAGAGAGAUUGACUAAAGAAGAAUGGGAAGCAGUCAAUAAGCUUCUAAGUUUCCAACCAGAAGAGGAUUUGUCUCUUAGUGGGAAGGAUAUACAGAAUAUGAUACACUAUAUGAUCAUCGUUUCCAUUAGUAAAGCGGCUGCCAGGAUUGUCAAUAUUGAUAACACUGAGAUUGUUUGUGGUAGAUUUGAAAAUCUAAAUAUAUCUACCAAGUUUAAACAUCGGAGCACUCAAUGUGAUGUAGCAUUGCAAUAUUAUGGAUUGACUUCUCCCGAAGGAUCUCUUGCCCAGAGUUUCUCCAAUGAGCAAAAGGUGAAUGCUUUGCAAGCUAGUUUUGUGUAUGCUCCUGCUGGAGAAAGUGUGGAUUGGAGGCUUGCUGCGACAAUUUCUCCUUGUCAUGUCACGGUGCUUGUGCAAAGUUAUGAUCGCUUCAUACAAUUUGUGAAGAGGAGCAGUGCCUUUAGUCCUACUAUUGCGUUGGAAACUGCAACUGCCUUGCAGCACAAAAUUGAAGAAGUAACACGGAAGGCUCAGGAGCAAUUCCAAAUGGUCUUAGAGAAGCAGAGCAGAUUUGCUCUUGACAUUGAUCUUGAUGCUCCAAAAGUUAGAGUUCCCUUAAGAUCUUCCACAUCCAGUGAAAAUGAGAGCCAUCUUCUAUUAGAUUUUGGGCAUUUCACCCUACAAACAAAGGAGGAUGGUCAACUGCAUGAUAAUGGUCACAGUCUAUACUCACGUUUCCAUAUAUCUGGAAGGGAUAUCACUGCGUUCUUUACAGCUUGUGUUUCUAAAGAGCAAUUUUUCAAUUGGCAAUCUCAACCUCCCAUUUCUUGUUCCGAAGAUGCGGACAAAUACUAUUCUUUGAUUGAUCCUUGUGGAAUGUCUGUGAUUGUUGAUCAGAUUAAGGUACCACAUCCGUACCAUCCUGCAACAAGUGUAUCAGUUGAAAUCCCACGCCUUGGGAUACACUUCUCUCCUGAAAGAUAUUCCAAGCUUAAUGAAUUGUUGAAUAUACUCUAUGGUGCAAUGCCUAAUGAUGAUCAGCACACUGUAGAAAACAUCCAAACUGGUAUUAUACCAUGGAAUCCCCCUGAUCUGGCAACUGAGGCCCGAAUUAUAGUAUGGAAGGGGAUUGGUUAUUCAGUUGCUGCACUGCAACCUUGUUUUCUUGCUUUAUCUGGAUUAUACCUUUAUGUUUUGGAAUCUGAAACAUCACAAAGCUAUCAACGAUGCACGAGCAUGGCUGGGAAGCAAGUAUUCCAUGUUCCUCCCUCCAAUGUUGGUGGUUCUCCUUUUUGCGUUGCUAUUAGCAUUAGAGGCAUGGAUAUCCAAAAGGUUCUGGAGUCUUUCAGUACGCUGAUAGUGGAAUUCAGGAAUCAGGAGGAAAAAACAAUUUGGUUUAGAGAACUUGUUAAAAGGACGUACCGUGCUUCUGCUCCUCCUUCAGUUGAUAUGCUCGAUGAAUUAAGAGAUGAUCCAAUUGAGUUUACGGAGUCUCAUGCCCGUAAUGCGCGCGCAGCUGAUCUUGUUGUCAAUGGAACAGUUGUAGAAACUAAACUGUCGUUGUAUGGAAAGCUUAGGGAUGAUGAGCAUGUGGAGACGCAUGAGAAGGUGAUCAUUGAAGUUCUUGCUGGUGGAGGGAAGGUUCAUGUCUGGAAGUGUACAAAUGAUUUAACUGUAAAAGUGAAGCUGAAUUCUUUGAAAAUACGGGAUGAUCUACAGGGUUCCUUUUCUACGUAUUCCCAGUAUUUAGCUUGUUCUGUUGCCCCUGAUAGGAAUUCACACAGUUCAAUGGAUUAUUUAGAACCUGAAAAUGAACACUUCACUAUGACACUUGAGGAGGAUGAUAUCUUCAGAGAUGCUUUGCCAGAUUUCACCAGUUUGCAUGACUCUUCUGAAACUGCUCUCCUUGACAAGGAUCUAUCAAAGGGAAAAAUUACACUCCCUGACAUUUUUUAUGAGGCUAUGAGCUCUGAUGAUUCUGAUUUUGUGUCUGUUACAUUCAUGACAAGGAACCCUAGUUCCCCUGAUUACAAUGGUAUAGAUACACAGAUGAGUAUUCGAAUGUCAAAGCUGGAAUUCUUUUUCAACAGAACCACUCUUGUUGCUUUGAUCAACUUUGGUGUUGAUAUAAGCUCCAAGGGGAACGGGGCUUCUGGUACAAACAUUGAAAACUGUAAUGAGGAGCCUUUGGGAAACAAAAAUAAAAGAGAAGAGCAUGGACAUUCAUCAUCGAUUAAAGGACUGCUAGGUCAGGGAAAAGUCCGGGUUGUUUUUUAUUUAAACAUGAAUGUUGAUAGUGUCACAAUCUUUCUCAAUAAGGAGGAUGACUCUCAACUUGCUAUGUUUGUGCAAGAAAGCUUUCUUUUGGAUAUUAAGGUUCAUCCAAGUUCAACUUCUAUAGAGGGAACUUUAGGAAACUUAAGGUUGUGUGAUUUAUCGCUUGGGUUGGAUAACUGUUGGCGUUGGCUUUGUGAUCUACGAAACCAAGGAGCUGAAUCGCUCAUACAGUUUGCAUUCAAUUCCUACAACGUUGAAGACGAUGAUUAUGAAGGAUAUGACUAUAGUUUGAGUGGUCGGCUGUCUGCUGUUCGCAUUGUUUUUCUUUAUCGGUUUGUUCAGGAGAUAACUGCUUACUUCAUGGAGCUUGCUACACCACACACUGAAGAAGCGAUUAAACUCGUUGAUAAAGUUGGAGGAAUAGAAUGGCUUAUUCAAAAAUAUGAGGUUGAUGGAGCAUCCGCUCUAAAAUUGGAUCUUUCACUUGACACUCCCAUAAUAGUUGUUCCUCGGAAUUCACUAAGCAAAGAUUUCAUGCAACUUGAUCUUGGUCAUCUCUGCAUCAAAAAUGCGUUCAGCUGGCACGGAUGCCCUGAGAAAGAUCCUUCAGCUGUCCAUCUUGAUGUUCUUCAUGCAGAGCUAUUAGGAAUCAAUAUGGCGGUUGGGAUCAAUGGUUCCAUUUGUGAACCAAUGAUUAGGGAGGGAAGAGAAGUCCAUGUUUAUGUGAGGCGCAGUUUAAGAGAUGUCUUUCGGAAGAUCCCGACACUCUCUUUGGAAGUUCGGGUAGGUACAUUGCAUGCGGUGAUGUCUGAUAAAGAAUACAGUGUUAUUCUUGAUUGUUUCUUAAUGAACUUGUGCGAGCAACCGACUCUUCCCCCUAGUUUUCGCAGUGGCAAGUCUUCAGCAAAAAAUACAAUUAGACUGUUGGCUGAUAAGGUUAACAUGAAUAGCCAGGUUCUUUUGUCGCGUACUGUUACCAUUGUGGCCGUUGAAGUUGACUAUGCAUCCUUAGAACUUUGUUACGGCACUGAUAAGGAAUCACCUUUGGCUCAUGUUAUUCUUGAAGGCCUUUGGGUUUCAUACCGCAUGACAUCAUUAUCAGAAGCUGACCUAUAUAUUACAAUACCUAAGUUCUCAAUUUUAGAUAUUCGUCCCAAUACGAAGGCUGAAAUGAGGCUGAUGCUUGGUUCCUGCGCUGAGGUCUCAAAGCAUAUGUCUCUGGAACGCGAUACUGAUUUACCGAACUCGACAAUGUUUUUAAUGGAUGGAAGAUGGAGACUCUCAUCACGAUCAUUUGUAGUUCGAGUGCAGCAGCCUCGUGUUCUUGUUGUUCCUGAUUUUCUUCUUGCUGUCUGUGAGUUUUUUGUGCCAGCACUGGGGACGAUAACCGGCAGGGAUGAAAUGACAGAUCCCAAGAAUGACCCAAUUUGUAAGAAAAAUCAUAUUGUGCUUUCUACUCCAGCAUACAAACAGAUAGAAAAUAUAGUGGAGCUCUCUCCUAGUAGACAGCUUGUAGCAGAUGCUCUUGGGAUUAAUGAAUAUGUCUAUGAUGGCUGUGGUAAGACAAUACGUUUCUCCAUUGAGAAAGAAGUGAAAGGACAGCAUUUAUCCAUCCCUAGGCCUAUAAUUAUAAUAGGGCGGGGUAAGACAUUGAGGUUCUUAAAUGUUAAAAUUGAGAAUGGCCUACUGUUGAGGAAAUAUGCAUAUUUGAGCAAUGAUAGCUGCUACUCGAUAUCCCCUGAGGAUGGCGUUGAAAUCAUUGUAAAUGAGAAUUCUCUGGAUAGAAGUGCUGUAGAUUUGGAUGAUUUGGAAGGAUUGUCCGAAACUUCACACGCACCCGGCACUGAUCAAUGUGAAUCAAGUAAACUGCCAAGCCUCAGUUUUGAGGCUCAGGUUGUAUCUCCUGAAUUCACUUUCUAUGACAGCAGCAAGUCAUUCUUGGAUGAUUCUACACACGGUGAAAAGCUUCUACGUGCGAAAACUGACUUCAGCUUCAUGUAUGCAUCAAAAGAAGAAGAUAAAUGGAUAAGAGGUCUUCUCAAGGAUUUAAUUGUGGAGGCUGGUUCUGGUCUUGUUGUUCUUGAUCCAGUUGAUGUGUCUGGGGGAUAUACUUCUGUGAAGGAUAAAACAAAUAUAUCACUAAUGUCUACAGAUAUUUAUGCUCAUCUUUCCUUGAGUGUAAUUUCCCUUUUGCUAAAUCUACUCAGCCAGGCUUCAACUGCCUUGCAAUUUGGAAAUGCUGACCCCCUAUGCCCAUGUACCAAUUUUGAUCGAAUAUGGGUGUCUCCAAAAGAAAAUGGUCGUCUCAGCAGUCUGACAUUUUGGAGGCCACGAGCUCCCUCAAACUAUGCUAUUUUGGGAGACUGUGUGACAUCAAGGCCAAGUCCUCCCUCACAGUCUGUACUGGCUGUGAGUAACACAUAUGGUCGUGUGCGGAAGCCACUGGGUUUUAAGCUCAUUGGUUUAUUUUCAAGUAUUCAGGGACAACAAACUGAAGAAAAAUCUUUAAAUGAUGAAAGUGACUGCUCUCUUUGGUUACCUGUUGCCCCUCCUGGGUACUUGGCAUUAGGUUGUGUUGCUCAUGUUGGAAGCCGACCACCUCCAAAUCACAUUGUUCACUGUAUUCGCUCUGAUCUGGUCACCUCAACGACAUACUCAGAAUGUGUACUCAAUAACUCUGGUAAUAAUUUAUUUGAGUAUGGAUUCAGCAUAUGGCGGCUAGAUAACUGUUUAUGGUCAUUUUUUGCCCAUCCAUCUGCUGGCUACCCUUCCAAGGACUGUUGCUUUGACCUGAAUCAUCUUCUUCUUUGGAACUCUAACCAGCACCAUUCAUCCCUUGAAUCUGUAGUGGAUUUUGAUAGUCAACAGAAAAAUUCCUCUUCUUCCACAAUUAAUAAGGGUGGGACUUCUGGUUGGGAUGUUUUAAGGUCAAUUUCUAAAGGAAUUCCAUUUUAUUUGUCAACUCCAAAUUUUGAGCGAAUCUGGUGGGAUAAAGGUGGUGAUCUACGCCGGCCAUUUUCAAUAUGGAGACCUGUACCUCGCCUUGGAUAUGCUAUACUGGGCGACUGCAUAACUGAUGGUUUGGAACCUCCUCCAUUUGGCAUCAUUUUUAAGGCUGAUGACCCCGAAAUCUCUGCACCGCCUGUUCAAUUUACAAAGGUUGCACAUAUUGGGAAGAAAGGACCAGAGGAAGCUUUCUUCUGGUACCCCAUUGCUCCUCCUGGUUAUGCUUCUUUGGGAUGUAUUGUGACGCAAUUUGAUGAAGCGCCAUGUCUUGAAUCUAUUUGCUGCCCAAGAAUGGAUUUGGUUACCCAAGCCAACAUAUCAGAGAUGCCUGUAUCAAGGUCAUCCAGUUCCAAAACAUCUCAUUCCUGGAGUAUUUGGAAAGUUGAGAAUCAGGCUUUCACAUUUCUUGCUCGUCCUGACCUCAAAAAGCCAUCAAGCAGAUUAGCAUUUUCUAUUGGUGAUUCUAAUAAGCCAAAAGCAAGGGACAAUAUAACAGCUGAGAUGAAAAUAAGAUGCUUUUCUCUGACUAUUUUGGACAGCUUGUGUGGAAUGCUGUCUCCACUUUUUGAUGCCACAAUCACCAACAUCAAGCUAGCAACUCACGGUGGACUUGAGGCAAUGAAUGCGGUGCUUAUUUCUUCUUUUGCUGCAUCAACUUUCAAUAUUCAUCUAGAAGCAUGGGAGCCACUUGUUGAACCAUUUGAUGGAAUAUUUAAACUUGAAACAUAUGAUACCAAUUUAAUCCAACCAGUAAGGGUGGCCAAAAGACUGCGAAUUGCUUCUACUAGCAUUUUGAAUGCGAACCUCAGUGCAGCAAAUGUAGAUACCUUUGCACAAACCAUGGAAUCAUGGAGAAGGCAGAGGGAACUCGAAGACAAAGCAAUGAGAUUGAUUGAGGAAGCUUCUGGACCUGAUGCAGCAGACCAAGAAUCAACCCAGUUGGCUUUGGAUGAAGAUGAUUUUCAGACUGUGGUUGUCGAAAAUAAACUUGGGUGUGACAUAUACCUGAGGAAAGCUCAGCAGAGUUUUGAUUCCAUCAAGUUGGUGCAGCAUAAUGAUAGUGCUUCUUUGUGGAUUCCACCACCAAGACUUUCUGACAGAUUGAAUGUUCCAGAUGAAUCAAAGGAAUCUCGAUGUUAUGCUGGAAUACAGAUAGUUGAAGCAAAGGGUUUACCUCUUCUUGAUGAUGGAAAUAGUCAUCACUUCUUCUGUGCUUUGCGCCUGCUUGUGGACAACCAGGAAGCUAGUUCACAAAAGCUUUUCCCUCAAAGCGCACGAACAAAGUGUGUUAAGCCAGUAGUUAUCAAAUUAAAUGAUUAUAAUGAAGGCACGGCUAGGUGGAAUGAACUUUUCAUCUUUGAAGUCCCACGGAAGGGAAUGGCUAAAUUGGAGGUAGAAGUGACUAACCUAGCUGCAAAGGCUGGUAAAGGUGAGGUUGUGGGUGCAUGUUCAUUUCCCGUUGGACAUGGUGCAAGCAUGUUGAAAAAGGUUUCUUCUGUUAAGAUGCUUCACCAAACAACCAAUAAUCAGAGUAUUGAAACUUAUCCAUUAAAAAGAAGGAGCCAGUAUUCUUGUGAAUCUAGUUCUUGUUGCCUUCUUGUUUCCACUGCUUUCAUUGAAAAGAGCAUGGUUAGUGACUAUGACAAACGGGGAAAUGGAAAAGAUUUAGAAGGGGAUAUUGGUUUCUGUGUUGCACUGGGUCCAGAAGGUCCAUGGGAUGGUAUUCGUUCAUUACUUCCACUAUCAGUGAUUACCCGCAAACUGAAAGAUGAAUUUGUAGCUUUGGAGGUUUCUAUGAAAAAUGGGAAGAAGCAUGCUGUUUUCAGGGGCCUUGCUGCAGUUACUAAUGAUUCUGAUAUCAAAUUGGAUAUUUCAACUUGCCAUCUCUCUGUGAUUAGCGGUCAUGAUAGUCCUUCAAGGAAAGUUCCUAAAAACAUUGUGAUUGAAGAGAUAUUUGAAAAUCAACAGUAUCAUCCAGUAUCUGGUUGGGGUAACAAUCAGUAUGGUUCUCACGGUAAAGACCCGUUGCGCUGGAGCACAAGAGAUUAUUCAUAUUCAUCUAAAGAACUCUUUGAACCCGCGCUCUCCCCAGGAUGGACAUGGGCUUCAACAUGGACUAUUGACAAAUCUCAGUUUGUUGAUGCUGAUGGGUGGGCUUAUGGGAUUGAUUAUCAAAGCUUAAAAUGGCCACCAAGUUCACCCAUGUCGGGGACAAAAUCUGUCGGUGAUACCGUUCGCAGAAGGCGCUGGACUCGCACUAGGCAAGAAGUUGAUGACUGGAACACAAGUAGCCGAACUUUUGUUGAUGUUACAAUAUGUCCAGGUUGCUCUACAGUUUUACCCUGGAGAAGCAUGUCUAGGGAUUCUAACCAAUGUUUGAGAAUACGCCCUGCCAUUGAUCCUUCUCAAGCUUCCUAUGCUUGGGGACGUCCAGUUUCCAUUGAAAAGGAUUCUUUCUCUGUUGAGCAAGGUUCAAUAUCUCGCCAAAGUAGCUUGAAGCAAGGAAAUAAGAUUCCAAUUUCUCCGUUGAGGCUAGAUUUACUGGAGAAGAAGGACCUUCUAUGGUGUUGUCCUGGAUCUAGUGGUAAAUUAUUUUGGCUUUCCAUUGGCACAGAUGCAUCUGUUCUUCACACAGAUCUGAAUGCUCCUGUUUAUGAUUGGAAAAUAUCUGCCAGCUCUCCACUAAGGUUGGAGAAUAGACUUCCUUGUUCUGCAGAAUUCAAAGUUUGGGAAAGGCUGAGGGAUGGUAAAAACGUAGAAAGACAGCACGGUUUUGUAUCAUCACGUGGGAUUGUGCACAUAUACUCUGCUGACAUUAGGAAUCCAAUAUAUGUGAUGCUAUUCGUUCAGGGUGGCUGGGUAAUGGAGAAGGACCCUGUUCUUAUUUUGGAUUUGGCAUGUGGUAAUCAUGUUUCCUCAUUUUGGAUGCUUCACCAGCUUAGGAAAAGGAGGUUGCGAGUCAGCAUUGAGCGUGAUUUGGGGGGAACUGCAGCUUCUCCCAAAACAAUAAGGUUUUUUGUUCCAUAUUGGAUAAAUAAUAACUCCUCUCUCCCAUUGGCUUAUAGAGUGGUGGAGAUUGAACCACCAGAAAGUGCUGAAGUGGAUUCUCUUCUAAUUUCCAAAGCUGUCAAAUCUGCCAAAUCAGCAUUAAAAUAUCCUUCCAGUCCAGUGGUUAGGGGACAGAUUGGUAGGAGGAAAAAUGUUCAAGUACUAGAAGCUAUUGAAGACACUAGUCCAACACCAAGUAUGCUUUCUCCGCAAGACUAUGUUGGUCGUGGCGGUAUUAUGCUGUUCUCAUCAAAGAAUGAUAUGUAUUUGUCUCCAAGGGUGGGCAUAGCUGUUGCUACUCGAAAUUCUGAUCAUUUUAGCCCUGGGGUAUCACUACUAGAGCUGGAGAAAAAGCAAAGAGUUGAUGUGAGAGCUUUCCACCCGGAUGGGACUUACUACAAACUUUCAGCUGUGCUACAGAUGACUUCUGAUAGAACAAAGGUGGUACAUUUUCAACCGCACACUGUGUUUAUCAACAGAGUUGGGGACAGCAUAUGCAUACAGCAAUGUGAUACUGAAUCUCUUGAAUGGCUUCAUCCAACUGAAGCUCCAAAACAUUUUCGGUGGCAUUCUGACAAGGCUGAAUGGCUUAAGUUGCGGAUGGAGGGAUACCAGUGGAGUGCACCGUUCUCCAUUGGCUCUGAAGGUCAAAUGUCUAUAUGUUUAAGAAGUGAAUUUGGAAAAGAUUUAAUGUAUGUGUCGGUGAAAGUAAGAGGAGGGACAAAAUCCUCAAGCUAUGAAGUUAUCUUCCGCCCCAAUUGUUUUUCAAGUCCUUACAGGAUUGAAAAUCACUCUUUCUACCUAGCUAUACGAUUUCGUCAAGUCAAUGGUUCUGAGGAAUCUUGGAGGCUUCUACUACCUAAUGCUGCUACUUCUUUUUCGUGGGAGGAUCUUGGUAGAGAACAAUAUUUGGAACUGUUACUAGAAGGAGAUGAUCCCAUGACAUCACAGAUAUACAAUAUUGAUGAAAUUAAAGAUCAUCUCCCCAUUCAGGUGUCUGGAGGACAUUGGAGAGGACUACGAGUCUCCGUAAUUAGGGAAGAGAAAGUAAAUGUUGUUAAAAUAGACUGGAUAGAAGAAAAUGAAGUGCCAAUACUAUUAAAUCGAACUCUAUCAUCUGUCCAGCAAAUCUCUGACACUAAAUCACAUCUUCAGCCAUCAUCAAAUGCCUCAGAUUGCGAGUUUCACCUUAUUCUUGAAGUUGCAGAGCUUGGCUUGUCUGUUGUUGAUCAUACUCCAGAAGAGAUAUUAUAUUUGUCCUUACAAAAUUUCUUCCUAUCUUAUUCUACCGGAUUGGGUGCUGGAAUUAAUCGGCUAAAAGUAAGGAUGGGGGGAAUUCAGGUGGAUAAUCAAUUGCCUUUAACCCCAAUGCCCGUGCUCUUUCGACCACAACGAUUUGUGGAGGAGACUGAUUAUGUUUUGAAGCUUUCUAUCACACAACAGUCUAGUGGAUCUCUAGACAUGUGCAUAUAUCCUUAUAUAGGUUUGCAAGGACCUGAAAAUACUGCAUUUGUGAUUAAUAUUCAUGAGCCAAUUAUUUGGCGGCUCCACGGUCUUAUCCAGCAAGCCAAUAUCUCCAGGAUGUUUGAUGCUCAGACCACUUCAGUUUCAGUUGAUCCCAUUGUUCAAAUUGGGGUUCUUAAUAUUUCAGAAGUUCGUUUCAAAGUAACCAUGGCUAUGUCCCCAACUCAACGACCUGUGGGUGUCCUUGGAUUUUGGGCAAGCUUAAUGACCGCUCUUGGAAAUACUGAAAAUAUGCCUGUCCGGAUAAAUCAGAGAUUUCAGGAAAAUGUAUCUAUGAGCUAUAGUAUUCUUGUCGGUAAUGCUAUCUCAAACAUAAAAAAGGAUGUCCUCAGUCAGCCACUGCAGCUGCUUUCUGGGGUUGAUAUUUUGGGCAAUGCCAGCAGUGCACUAGGACACAUGAGCAAAGGUGUCGCUGCCUUAUCAAUGGACAAGAAAUUCAUUCAAAGCCGAAGACAGGAUAACAAAGGUGUUGAGGACUUCGGUGAUGUCAUUCGAGAGGGCGGUGGGGCAUUGGCUAAGGGCUUAUUCCGAGGAGUCACUGGCAUUCUAACAAAGCCUCUUGAAGGUGCAAAAGCAUCAGGCGUUGAGGGCUUUGUACAAGGUGUUGGAAAGGGAUUGAUAGGUGCUGCUGCGCAACCAGUUAGUGGUGUUUUAGAUCUUUUGUCAAAAACUACAGAAGGUGCAAAUGCAAUGAGAAUGAAGAUUACAUCAGCUAUUGCUUCAGAUGAUCAACUCCUUCGCAGAAGGCUGCCUCGAGCCAUUGGUGGUGACAAUUUGCUUAGGCCGUAUGAUGACUACAAAGCACAGGGCCAGGCAAUACUGCAAUUAGCAGAGUGUGGAUCAUUUUUCGUUCAGGUCGACCUUUUCAAAGUGCGUGGGAAGUUUGCCUUAACAGAUGCAUAUGAAGAUCAUUUCUCACUUCCCAAGGGCAGGAUCAUUCUGGUUACUCACCGAAGAGUGAUACUAUUGCAGCAACCAUCCAAUCUGAUUGGACAGAAAAAAUUCAACCCUGCUAGAGAUCCAUGUUCUGUACUGUGGGAUGUGGUCUGGGAUGAUUUGGUGACAAUGGAACUGAUACACGGAAAGAGGGAUCAUCCUAGUGCCCCUCCAUCGCGGGUUAUUCUAUAUUUACACAGUGGUAAAUCAUUAGAUGCCAAGGAUCAGAAUCAUCGCAUUAUAAAGUGCAGCCACGAUUCUAGUCAAGCAUUUGAUGUUUAUACUUCAAUCGAACAAGCUAGAUCUACAUAUGGGCCAGCAUUUUCAACGGCCCCUUCCCUGCAGAAGAGGAAAGUGACAAAACCCUACUCUCCUUUGAUUGAUGCGGCGCCGAGUCCCACAGGAGUAGGAGUAGGAGCAGGAGUGUACAUGAUGAAUUCGCCAAACCAGAUGAUGCCUACAUCCAAUUCUACACUUGGAGCUGUGAAUACUGACUGACUAAAUGACAUCUAACAGUGGUAAGCUAGGCUAGCUCAGUGCCCGAGUAAAAAGAAGAAUGAAUGGCUGUUCUGUGUUGUUCAUCAUCUUUGCAUCUUUUGCCAUCACAUAAUAAUAAGUGGAUCGAUCGGGUGUGGAUGGAGUUUAAAGCUAGAUGGCUCGGGGAUGGAUCGUUGGAUUGGAUCAUCCACAUUGAUUUGCUAGUCUCUACAUAUAAAUAUGUAUGUAUGUGAAAUAAAAACUAAUCAGCUAUAGGGUCAGCAGCAGCAGCAGCAGCAGCAUUUUUUCUGGGAAUGAUGUAAUAGGUACUUAAUUACUUGUGUAUAAACCAAACAAACCUUAGUCUAUAGAUUUCUUGAGUUACCAUAUCA